CAGUUUAGUUGGUUUUUAGUGUGUGACUCGCACCAAGAUCCAAUAUUUUAUUUUUGGGGGUGAAUGCUACAAAUGAAAUGCUUAUUCAUCCUAUACUAAUGGUCGAAAUAUUGGUGCGAAAGAGAAAUGUGUGCUUGUGCAAUACCAUUGAAAUGGCGUCCUGUCGCAUGAAUUUCAUCCACAUGGACCAUAGUGCAUAUUCGAAUAUACAUACAUAUAUUUAUUACAUUAUUAUUGACAUUUGAAAGUAUACAUAUGCUCAUAAGUAAUAAAAAUAAUGUGUAGCAAGUGUAAAAUAUUGUAGGAAUCGUUAUAUGAUGCUUAAAAAAAUUUCCCUUGCAUACUCCAUUUUGUUCUCGUUUAAUUCAAUAUGAAUGUUUCCACUCGGGUUAUUUGCUUUGUCGUCUACUUUUAGGACAAAACGCAUCGAAAAGUAUUUCAGCUGGUGCUCUCUUUUGCUACCAUAACUUUACUUACUUGUAAAUACAGUGUACAUAUAAAUAUGAGCACACAAAAUCGAAAUAGCGGCGGGGGUCGCAACCAAAAAAAAUCAAAUUCUGGCAGUGGAGGUGGCGGAGGUGGGGACUCUGCCUUACAGACAUCAACCAAAAAAACAGAUGUCUCAAAGACAGAAAAAGAAAAAUCGCAUCCAAAGCCAACUGCUGAACAGUUACGUAUAGCCCAAAUCACCAAUAGUAACACAUCAGAAGAUCCGCAAAUGCGCGAAAAAGUCGCUACACUUAUUGAAAUGACUCAACGUUCUGAAGAGGAAGUAUGUUGCGCAUUAUAUGAAUGUGAUAACGAUUUAGAACGUGCUGUUGUAUAUCUCUUCGAGACCCUUCCAGUGGGAGCAUUUGAGACAUCUUCAAAGAAGAAAAAGAACAAAGCUGCAAAUGCCGGUCAAGAAAGUGCUGGUGGUGACGGAGAAUGGACUGACACCAAUGCAAACACUGACAGACGUGAGAAAUCACGUAAUCGGAGUAGUAACCGUGGCGGACGUGGCGGCACCGAUAGUCGCGGCUGGCGCGGCAGAGAAGCUC